AUGGCAACCCCUCUAGAGUCCAGCGCUAUUCUCUCGGGAGACGAGAUCAAGCCUUAUCGCAUUCAUGUCUCCAGCAAAUAUCUCGAUCUCACGAAACAAAAGCUGGAGCUCACGAGACUGCCGCACGAGACCGUGGAGUCCAAGUCUCGGGACUGGUGGGAGCCAAAGACCCAGAUCGAGCCUCUCAUCGACUUUUGGCUUGAGAGGUACGAUUGGCGAGAGCAAGAGGCCAUGUUCAACGACCAGCUGCCCCAGUUCCGCACCGCCGUGACUGUGCCCGGCUCGGACUCCUCCGUCCGGCUUCACUUCAUCCAUGUGAGGUCGCCCCACGAGCACGCCGUCCCGCUCCUCCUCCUACCCCCUUUCCCCUUCACGAACCUCUCGCUCCGGCACCUCAUCCAGCCCCUCGCGCAGCCCCAAGACCCGGACGGGCAGCAGCCUUUUCACGUUGUUGUCCCCUCCCUGCCCGGCCUUGGCUUCAGCGACGCCUUGCCCGGCAACACCCCCGUCAUCCCGGCGACGGCGGGAAUCCUCGACCUCGUCAUGGCCCGGCUCUCGUACACGGGCUACCUGGUCUCCAACACGUCCUCCGCCGCAUCGAGCCCGGCUGAGAUCGACUGGAAGCUCGCCAACCGCCUGGUAACAUAUCAUCCCGGCACCUGCCUGGGAGCCCACUUCAUCAACCCGUCGCUGAAGGCCCCGAGCCUGAAAGAGGCGCCCCUCGAGUGGAUGAAGUGGUCCCUCGCCAAGUUCUUCCGCGCCCCCAUCCUCGGCUAUCAGAGCGAAGACAUCCGCUCGCUGGACCGGACGGAGCACGCUCGGCAAUGCGAGUCCGCGCCGGCCGUUGAACCGAACACGCCGUCCUACGCCUUAUGUGACUCCCCCGUCGGCCUGCUGGCCCUCGUCCUCAGAGUCCUCCGCGUCCUCGGGACCAGGAAGGAGUUCUCCGCCGCCGAGAUCAUCACCUUCACCCAGACCGCCUGGCUCCCCGGGCCCGAAGCCGCGAUGCGGUUCUGGGCGCACUGCCUGACACAGCGGGAAGAGGAGGAGCCUCCGUCGGGACUGGGAAAGAAGCCAACCGUCGCCAUUACGGUUUUCUCGGCGAGCGGCGACACGGGAGCCGCAGGCGCCGGGGCCCGGGGCGCACUGCCUCACGCAACACCAACCCAUCACGUGUGUCCCGCGUGGGCCAAUGUCUCGUACGACACCGCCUACGUGCGCCGCGUUGCGGGCAGUCCGGGGCUCGUUGCGUGGGACCGCCCGGAGCUCAUCGGCGAGGGCGUCCGGGGUCUGACAAGGAGACUCCUCUCCCCAGAGGGCCGACUGAAAGGCUCCGGUCAGCCGAGCACGGCGCCACUCCGGGGCGUCGUCGUCGAUCCGCCCGACGCCCCGCCGAGCGCGGGCGGCCAAAGGUCGAAACUGCAGUCUCCGAGGACUGCGGCGGCGCCUUCCACCCCGCAGAUUGAGGCGGCGACCUGGCGCCUCGAGCGGAUCCGCGAGGCUUCCGAGACCCCAAAGAAGACAGCUCGGCAGGGGGAGCACGAGGGAGAAACGCCCGACCCCGACUUUGACGGGGCGAGCCCCGACACCAUUGUGGUUACGCCUCCGCCGAACGAGGGUUUGCGAUAG